GCCCUUUUCGGGCGUGUGCGUGUGUGCGUGUGUCCAGCCGGAAAUCAGCAAUUUCAUUUACAAUAAGACGCUUUCAAGGAGCCCAACUGAAGCAAAAACCCAUAAAAAACAGUAGAGAAACAACGCAGCAAGAGGAAGCAGCCAAAAUGUUCGCGGGCAUCAGAAAAAGACUGGCACGCAAGCAAAACGAGAAAGAUUGCGAUGAGGAUGACAAGGACGAUGUGCACGAUAUUAUGCCGCCAGCCAAUUAUAUACAAAUAUCGCAGGGCAAAAUCCAGCUGGUGCACCAGGCGCGCUCCCUGGAGCACGAGCCGGCGUUGAGCUUGGAGCGCGCCAGCGACAAGGAAUUGUUGGAAAAGCGCAUGAUUGAGAUCGAAGGCGCGCUGCUGCGUUUGCAGGAGCAGUUCCAAAAAAGCCAAUGCGGGUCACCAACAUUCGAGAAGGAGCUGCGCGAGCAAAUUGAGAACAUGAAUCGCAUUAUGAAAUCCAAAGAACGCAAACAACUGCAAACAUGCCGGGAUCACAAGGCUCUCCAGACACGCUUCGCGCGCCAGGAGAGUCUACUCCACACGAUGCAGCAAGAGAAUCGCGCGCUCCUCACUAGGAUUAGGCAAUACGAGCACUGCCUGGACGAUGUGAUGCGCAAGGUUGUCGAUGCGAUUGUCGCCGAGGAUAAUCUCCGCGAGGAGGUGAGCAUGCUGAAGAGUCGCGUGCGCGAUCUGGAGGCACAGAAUGCGGCGCUGUCGGCGAGUCCGGUCAAGGGACGCGACGAGGGCUACUGCACGAUGAGCAGCGGCCAGCCGCAGCCGUCGAAUGGUCAUCUGGAGGAUUUGCCGGAGGAGCCGGAGCAGUGGCUGCUGCCAGCGGAGCCCUGCUCCACGGAAAUGGAGGACUGGAGCAUGUCGCAGGAGGAGCUGGCUGUGAUAACCUUCGACGAUGAGCGCGAACAGCUGCAGCUGCAGCGCCGCAAGCGGGAGCACGACUGGCUCUGGCCCUCGAGCGACUUCAUCAAUUCGACAACCGUCGAGACCGACGACUCCGUUGCCGAUGGCAUUGCCCAGCUGCUGCAGCAGAAGCUCGUCUACUCGGAGGAUGAGGAGGUGGCCUGCACGGACUUUACCAACGAUUUUUACAAGCUGGUCAACAUACGCUCCAAUUCAUCGCGCAGCCUCUUCUCCUAUCUGGAGGGCGAGACCGACGAUGAGGAUGAGGACGAGGAGGACGAGCAGGACUCCAGCAUGUCGGAGAGUCAGACCAAGGCGCGCGUCAGUCCCACGCCCAGCGAGGCGGGUCGCGCACAGCUGACCAGCUGCUCCUCCAGCGAAACCGAUGAUCACUCACUGGCCCAACAGCCGGCGCAGGUGGUGGAGGAGGAGGAGCACGACUAUGCCGUGAUCGAGGAGUGCCGAGUCGACGAUGUGCCGGCGCCUGCUCUGAACGAACAGCAAUGCAUAGCACAGAUCAUCAAGAGCGAACUGCGCAGGCCAAACCCCGUGCUGGUCAAGUCGAAGUCGGUGCUGGAGGAGCAGGAGCCCACCUGCAUACUGCGCCACAAUCAGCGGCGCGAACUCGAGUCCAGCGUGGUGCGCAGCGACAGCAUCAGCUGCGCUCUGAUGGCCAAAAUGGCCAAGGAGGCGCCACCCGCGCCGGCGGUGGUAUCCAAGCUGAAGGAGCGCCUGCUGCAGCGGCAUGCGCCGCCGGCGCCGGCCAACUCCUGGCGGCGCAGCAAUGGCUGGAAGCGUGUCACCUCGCCGGUUGCCGUUGCACCAAAGAAGGAAACAAAGUCAACGGAGUUGCCAAAGAGCUGCCAGCAGAAGGCGCCGCCCACACGAAUUCCAACGUGCAUACACACAUCCUCAACAUCCACGAGCUCAUCCUCCAGCUCCUCGUCGCCAUCGUCACCGUCGCCACAACAGACGACGACGACGGCGACGCCGCAGAAACCGCCAGCGCAGCAGCAACAGCAGCCACAGCGAAAAUCCAAAAUUCCGCCACCCGUUCCCGUGCGUCGUUCCUAUGCCAGCUAAAAAA